AUGGAGCACUUAAGGAAGGUUUUCCAAGUCUUACGGGAGAACGAGUUAUACAUCAAGAGGGAGAAAUGUGAGUUUGCACAAUCAAAGGUGCACUUCUUGGGCCAUGUCAUUAGCAAUGGCGAGCGACGCUUGGACGAGGCUAAGGUACGUGUUAUCCAGAAGUGGGAGGCGCCUACAAAGGUAACUGAGUUGAGAUCCUUCCUUAGCCUUGUUAACUACUAUCGUCGGUUCAUUAGUGGCUACUCAGCCAAGGCCGCACCAUUGACUGAAUUGCUAAAGAAGAAUGAGCCAUGGGUUUGGACGGAGCAUUGUCAAAAGGGAUUUGAAGGCCUUAAGGCAGCUGUAAUGGAGGAGCCAGUCUUGGCAUUACCUCACUUUACCAAGACAUUUGAGGUGCACACAGAUGCCUCAGACUUCUCCAUUGGGGGUGUCCUGAUAUAG